GGAGUCCAGUGCGUCACUCUGGCCCGGACCCUGCACCGAACCGCUCUCGAACAGGAACAAUGGGUCGGCAGGAGCGCGGCUGCGUCCUCGCUGCGACUUUUCUGGGACUUGUGGUGUCGGUUCUGAGCGUCACCCGGGAGGAGCUUUUCCGUUACGGUCCGACCGCUCGGGACCAGGUCCUGGAGUCCGGGACCGACCAGACGCACCAACUGGAACUGGAGAGCCCGGUUUUGCUUUAUGAUGGCACUUUCAACACGUUAUAUAUCAGCACCAACGGUUUUGUUGCCACUGCGGAGCCGUCAGAGGAGUCGACUUAUCUUGACAACAUGCCCCCCAAGUUCGGCAUGAUCGCAGCCCUGCAGGGAAACUUGGACACCAGCGACAGCGUCGGGAAAGUGUUCUUCCGUCAAGACAGCAGUCCGGAGACUCUGCGACGGGCUGCCGACGCCAUCAACCGGGCUUUCCCCGAGGACGAUGAAGUCAGUCCCACCAGCGCCUUGGUUGUCACCUGGGUAGAUGUUGCUGCUAACGGACCUCAGAUCAGAGGAGAUGGUAUUGAACCCAAGAGGAACACCUUCCAGCUGGUCAUCGCGUCGCUGGAGACGGCCUCAUACGCCAUCAACCUGUACCCGAGGGAUGGGAUCCAGUUCACGAGCACGCCUGGCGAGGACGGCCCUGCGGUGAUGCAUGCUGGCUUCAGUAAGGGCUCUGUCCGGGGCUUCCUCUUUUCAUCUCAGGGACCGUACUACCGCACAACUACGGACGAGGACAGUUCCGUCCGGGCCUUGGCGGAGCAGACCAACUCUGGUGUCCGAGGUGUAUGGGUGCACGAGAUUGGAACCUCUCCCUAUUUUUCCAACAUUGCACCCGGAGAGGACACUGAGCUUCCAACAGAGGCCCCUGCAGCACCGGAUGAUGAUGGCAGGGACACCGUUGACAGCAGGGGGCCUGUGUAUACCAACGGUCAGCAGGUGGAGUAUCCCCCGUUUGAGCCUGAGGAGGAGCAGAUUGAUAUCCAACCUGCACAGUACCAACCUCGGCGGCCGGAAAACCCAGAGGUUGUGGUGGUGGACGACACAGAUAUCAACGUAGAUGUGUUCUCAUAUCAUCUUGGGACAUGCGCGAACAACAGAAACAAAUGCUCCCAGUUUGCUGAUUGUAAGGACUAUGUCAGCGGGUACUGCUGCCACUGCAGGCCUGGUUUCUACGGCAAUGGGAUCGAGUGUGUGGCAGAAGGGAAGCCUCAGAGGAUGAACGGCAAAAUGCAUGGAAAGAUCUUCGUGGGCGACUCUCCCACGGCUGAGGAGUUCAGCAGCAACGACCUCCACUCAUACGUGGUGGUGAAUGAUGGCCGCUCCUACGUCGCCAUCAGUGACAUCCCGCCCACCAUCGGACCCUCGCUGCUGCCUCUGUCUGCUCUGGGCGGUGUUAUUGGCUGGGCGUUUGCGCUGGAGCAGCCUGGAUUCAAGAACGGCUUCAGUAUCAUCGGUGGCCAGUUCACACGGCAGGCUGAGGUGACUUUCAUGCCUGGGAAUGAAAAACUGACCAUCAGGCAGGAGUUUAAAGGCAUCGAUGAGCACGAUCAUCUGGUGGUCAGCACCUCCCUUGAGGGCCGACUCCCUGAGGUCCCCGUCGGCUCCACAGUGAUGAUCGAGCCCUACUCUGAGAUCUACCAGUACAGCAACAACUUGAUAACGUCCUCCUCGACACGCAACUACGUGGUGAACAUGCCCGACGGCACCACCGAGUCCAGGACGUACCAGUGGAGGCAGACCAUCACCUUCCAGAGCUGCCAGCACGACCAGACUUCACAGAACGUGAAACCCACCCAGUUACUGAACGUGGACCAGAUCUUCGUCAUGUACGACGUCAACAACGAAAUCCUCAGAUUUGCGAUGAGCAACAAGAUCGGAGACGUAAAUGGAGGCGAGCCGGAGGAUAACCCGUGUUUCACUGGGAGACACGGCUGCGACACCAAUGCCGUGUGUCGGGCUGGAGAGGGGACUUCCUUCACCUGUCAGUGCGCCUCCGGUUUCAAUGGCGACGGACGCACAUGUUACGACAUCGACGAGUGCGCGGAGACUCCUCAGAUCUGCGGCCCGUACGCCAUCUGCAACAACCAGCCUGGGACCUUCCGCUGCGAAUGUGAAGAUGGAUAUCAGUUUGGCAGUGACGGUCAGACCUGCAUCGCUGUCGAUCGCCCAGUGGACGCCUGUGAGGAAGGAACUCAUACCUGCGACAUUCCUGAGCGUGCUCAGUGCAGCUACGCCGGAGGCUCCGCCUACAUCUGCUCCUGCCUGCCGGGAUUCUCAGGAGAUGGCAGGAUCUGCCAAGACAUCGAUGAGUGUCAAACCAGCAGGUGCCACCCGGAUGCUGUGUGUCACAACACCGAGGGAUCCUUCACUUGUCAGUGCAGGCCGGGUUACUAUGGCGACGGCUCGUACUGCUCUCCAGAGAGGACCAAAACACAAUGUGAAACCCACCGGGACAGUCUGUUGGGGGUGACAGAGUUCGGCCCUCGGGGUCCCAGGCCUCCCGUUGGACAGUUCAUUCCCAGAUGUGAUGAGGAUGGAGGCUACGAGCCGAUGCAGUGCCACGGAAGCACUGGACACUGCUGGUGCGUGGACCGAAACGGUCAAGAGAUCCAAGGGACACGAUCUGGACCAGGCAGCAGACCGAUGUGCAUUGAUCACGGUGGCGUGCGCCCCCCCGUGGGGCCGACCCCUCGACCGGACAUCCAUCCCCUGGCGCCAGGAACUCAUCUGCUGUUCGCCCAGAGUGGCAGGAUCGAGCACAUCCCCAUGGAGGGAACGGAGAUGAAGAAGGACGAAGCUAAGCCCGUCCUUCACCUCCCUGAGAAAGUAGUCAUCGGAGUGGCGUACGACUGCGUGGAGAAAAUGGUCUACUGGACUGAAAUCACGUCUCCGUCCAUCAGCAAAGCCAGCAUUGAGGGUGGAGAGCCGGUGGCGGUCAUUAGAUCAGACCUGCUCAGUCCGGAGGCCAUGUUCUGGACUGACUCCAUGAAGGACCACAUCCAGGUGGCUUCCUUAGACGGAUCCCUGCGUCGUGUCAUUGUUGACUCCGACCUUGUCAACCCCCGCGCUAUAAUCGCAGACCCGCCCAAUGGCAUCCUUUACUGGGCUGACUGGAACCGAGACGCCCCCAAAAUCGAGACUUCGUACAUGGACGGUACAAACCGAAGGGUUCUGGUUAAAGAUAACCUCGGCCUGCCGAACGGCUUGACGUACGACCCUCAAAGCUCAUUGCUUUGUUGGGCGGAUGCAGGGACACAUAAAAUGGAGUGUAUGAAUCCUGGACGUGGAGACCGCAGGCAGAUCGUUGAAGGAAUGCUGUAUCCUUUUGGAAUGACGUCUUAUGGGAGGAACAUCUACUACACUGACUGGAAAAGGAAUGCUGUGGUUGCUGUGGAUCGCUACGCUGGCCAGGAGUCGGACGAGUUCCAACCUCAGAAACGUACCAAGUUAUACGGAAUUGCAACGGCGUACGCUCAGUGUCCAUCAGGCCAAAACUACUGCACUGGCAACAACGGGGGCUGCACUCACCUCUGUUUAGCAACACCAAACGGUCGCUCCUGCAAGUGUCCCGACAACGCAGCGGAGGUGGGCUGCGUGGAGAGAGAUGGCGGGUAUUGAGCGGAAGAGAUCACACUGAUCGGAUGACCACAAAUUCUCUCAGCAAUUUUAAACUGCAGCUGCUGAACAUGCCACUGAAAAACAAUGGUUAUUUUCUGGGCCUUGAGUCUGUCAGUGUUUUCUUGAUCCAAAUUGUACUUUUCACGAUUAAAAAAAAAAAACACACACACAAAAGAAUUGUAAAUAUAAACACUACUAUCAAAGUUUGUUUUUAUAUAGUCCUUGAUGCUAUGAUGUCUUUUGACAUGGGUGCUCAUAAACUGACAAUGUAAGUCAAUAAUUUAAUGUGAAAUUCAUUACGGCAAUUGCAUGACAUCAUCUCCUGCGAGUUUUUUUUUUUUUUCUUUCUUGAUCUGGCGGGGUCGUCGGAUUAUGGGCGUGAUUCCGGAGCAAUUAGCUGGUGGCAGGAGUUUUCAU